AUGCCCUCAUACGCAAACGCGAUGAUGCACUCUCUCGCAAUUCGCCGUUCAAUUUUCUCGGCUGCCACAGCCCGCGGCGCAAUCCGGCCACUCUCCACAACUCGAGUCCUGCGCCAGAGCGGCGACGACAAGCCCAUGCCUUUCUCAGAUUCCCCAGCUCCCCCACGCCUCCCGAAGGAAGAACAGGAGAUCUUUGAACAGCUCCAGAAGCGCUCUACUGGGGCAUUUAGUACACCUAAGGUCAACCAGUCCCCACAGAUCGAGAUUCAGGCGGAUGGCAAAGGUGGCAAGCUUCACCCCGAUGCGCCAAAGGGCCUCAAGCCUGAGUUUGAGGGCGAGAAGAACCCGAAGACCGGAGAAGUUGGUGGACCAAAGAACGAGCCUCUGCGAUGGGGUGCAGGUGGUGAUUGGAGCUAUGGUGGUCGUGUCACUGAUUUUUGA